CCGCCGGGUUGCACAAUGGGGCUGCUGGUGGCGUGGACGCUGCGGGUGGCUGCCUUGUCCCAGCUCGUCCUCAGCCCGGGGAGCAGCGCCGCAGGUGCAAAAUGGAAACAUUUCAUCGACCAGAUUGACAGAGCAGUGGAGGGCUACAGACUAUGUAUAAGGGAGAAUUGCAGCUGCUACCAAAGUGUUAGGGAGCAGGACUUGGCUCCCUUUCAAGGAGGCAUCUCCAAGGAGCUGCUGUCCGAUGUCGUUAGCCGGAAGCUUGGGACGCACUACCAGAUCAUCAAGAACAAGUUAUACCGUGAGCAUGACUGCAUGUUCCCUGCUAGAUGUAAUGGGGUCGAACAUUUCAUUCUGGAGAUCAUCGGCCGCCUCCCGGACAUGGAGAUGGUGAUCAAUGUGCGAGAUUACCCCCAGGUCCCCAAGUGGAUGAAGCCAGUCAUCCCAGUAUUCUCCUUCAGCAAGACUUCUGAGUACCAUGAUAUCAUGUAUCCUGCCUGGACGUUUUGGGAAGGGGGACCAGCUGUUUGGCCAAUUUACCCGACAGGUCUUGGGCGCUGGGACUUAAUGAGAGAGGACCUCCGAAGAUCUGCAGAAAAAUGGCCGUGGAAGAAAAAAAUCUCCAAAGGAUAUUUUCGAGGAUCCAGAACAAGUCCUGAGAGGGAUCCCCUCAUUGUUCUGUCUCGAGAGAACCCAGAACUCGUCGAUGCUGAGUACACUAAAAACCAGGCCUGGAAAUCUGAAAAAGACACUCUUGGGAAACCGCCUGCGAAGGAAAUUCCUCUGGUCGAUCACUGCAAAUACAAAUACCUGUUUAAUUUCCGGGGGGUAGCAGCCAGUUUCCGCUUCAAACACCUCUUCUUGUGUGGCUCAUUAGUCUUUCACGUAGGGGAAGAGUGGCUGGAGUUCUUCUACCCACAGCUGAAGCCUUGGGUACAUUACAUCCCAGUCAAACCAGACCUCUCUGAUGUCAGGGAGCUGUUGCAGUUUGUGAAGGAAAAUGAUGAUGUAGCACAAGAAAUUUCAGAGAGGGGGCACCAGUUCAUCAUGGACCACUUGCAGAUGGAGGAUGUCUCUUGUUACUGGGAGACUCUGCUGACUGAAUACUCUAAAGCUCUGACUUACAAAGUUAAGAGGAGGAAAAACUAUGAUGAGAUUGUCUCCAAACACUUGAAAACAGAACUUUAAAACCAUUGUGAUUCUCUUUCCAAUUCAAGGCCUGGGACUGGUGGUCACUGAA